CCAGCGGCGUCAAAUACAUCGGUUAGCGAAGCGAGACCGUUCCGCCUUCCGUGCUUAGCUCAUGCUCCGCCCGCCGUAUUACCACCACCAAAUCCGCCAAAGCUCCACCUGUCUCUCCGCCUCUCUCGCUCCUGCACCCACAGGCGCCGCCGCCUCCGCCGCCGCCGCCGCAACCAGCGCCGCCUGCGCGCGCCCGAUGGAGGAAGCUAUUGAUUUGAAUGAGCCGCCGCACAUAAACGAAGGUUUUAGAGUAUUGCUGCAAAAGGAUUUCAAGAACAUAUGCCGCACUAAAGUCCGUGACACUCUGAUAGAAUUGCCCUCGGCUUGGUCUGUUAGCCAUUUUGAGUCAGCUAAGUUAUACGAGCUUCGUAAUUUCCGAAAAUUUUCACUGGUUCCUGAUCCGGAAGAUGACCGUCAGAAUAAGGAAUGGCGAAAGUUUAUGCAUUUCCUUUGGCACAAUCAGAGGGCCGGUAUUGUUAGAGACGAUUCCAUGACCUUCCACAUUCUUGCUCCUCAAUCGCAUGAACACCCUAACUACUCACAUGCGGUGAUCUUGUACAAUACUGAACAAAAAGAUCGUGGAGUCCGCAAAACGAUGGCAGAGAGAUCCAAUAAGAGUGAGGAGAUUUGUGAUAGUGUACCAAAUCCAAAGGAGAUGAAUACUUCACGUAAACACCAUGAUCCAGAAUCCUCACAAUGCGAGUCUGUUGAAGAUGGUCCUAGAAUUUUAGAUCCAGUAAUGAAAAAGAGAGCAUCUACUCUUACAAAAAAUUUCGUCAGCACAGACCCAUCGUACCUGCGGACUCUCAGUCAAACACAUGCUGGCUGGAUCUUUGGAGCAAUUGCAGAGCUCGUUGAUAACUCACGAGAUGCUGGUGCAUCAAGGUUGGAUAUUUCCGUCCAAACUAUGUUUUCAAAGAAAGCAGAAGGAAAAGUUCCUGUCUUAUCUGUAAUUGAUGAUGGCUGUGGAAUGACUUAUGCUGAAAUGAUGAGAAUGAUCUCAUUUGGUCACAAACGACCUAAUGAACAUUCCAAGGAUCAGAUUGGGAGGUUUGGAAUUGGAUUCAAGACUGGUGCUAUGAAACUUGGGAAAGAUGCAGUUGUGCUUACCCAAACUUCGACUUCCAGAUCAGUGUCCUUUCUAUCUCAGUCUUUUAAUGAAAAUAAAGAUAAUCUUGAGAUCCCCGUGUUGACAUAUCACAAAGAAGGGCAAUACAUGGAAGUUGAUUUGACGGUCCAAUCUAAAGCCACUGCUGAAUAUAACAUGAAUGCUAUCAAGGAAUUCUCUCCCUUUAAUGAAUAUGUCAUUGGACAAAAACUAGGUUUGUUUGGUGAAGAUGGUACUGGAACACAAGUUUACAUCUGGAAUUUAGAUAAGUGGGGUCAAGAUUACACCUUGGACUGGAACUCCGGGAAGACUGACGAAAAUUCCAUUGACCGUGGUCGUGGAGACAUACUAAUCCGUUCAAAAAGAGUCAGAUCGCGCCCAGGGCAAACAAGUACCAAGGUGCCAUUGGACUACUCACUUCAAGCCUAUCUAAAAGUUAUGUUCAGGAAUCCUCGCAUGAAAAUCACUGUCCAGGGGUCUCAGGUCAAAGCACGUCCUUUGGAUAAGACCCUUAACAAGACUUCUGUUAUAUCUGAUGUCAUUAUGGGAAAGACUAUUCAGCUGACUCUGGGAAGGAGCACUGUGGAAUUUGACAGAACUAACUGUGGAGUUUUCUUGUAUUGGCACGGACGCCUGAUAGAGUCUUACAAACGAGUUGGGGGUCAAAAGCAUAAUGCUGACACAGGACGUGGUGUCAUAGGAGUUGCAGAUAUUACAGAACUCAUUGAUGAUGAAGAUGGAAAUUCAUGGGUUCUCAACAACAAACAAGGGUUUCAAGAUUGUGAAAAGUAUGCCACCUUGGAGGCGUGGCUUGAUAAGAAAAUGGAUGAAUACUGGGAUACAAACUUUGAAAGUAUAGAACUGGAAAAAGGAGAUGAGAACUGCAAACCUGAUCAUGAAUGGGUUCAGUGUUGUGGCUGUCGUAAAUGGAGAGUGUUGACUGCUGGAUUCAACUCAGAGUCACUACCAGUUGAAUGGUUUUGCUUGAUGCCACCCUUCAAUGGGACAUGUACGAUUCCAGAGCAACAAAUGGGCCGUGGCAUUAUAACCAUCGGUGAGAAAAGAUCAGGUAAUGAUGGUCAUAAUAGUAUUGCCCAGCAAACAUUGAAAGCUAAGGUUGAUACAAAAAAGAUGAGGUCUGGUAAUGAAGAGAUUCAAAGAUUCAGUCAAGAUGAAGAAGAUGUGAAGAAUGUCGAGUUAAUCCAAAUGAACGUCAACAAGCGGAAAAAAGCUUCUGGUGGAAAUAAUAACAUCGAAGAUGAUGAUUUCGAGGAUAAUUGCUCACAAACUGAGUCUGUUACUCCUCCCUCUAAUUUGAAGAGACUACGGAGAGGGGCUAAGAGGAAUUCUAAGCAGUGACGUGAAUCGAAAUAUACAUGGUAAUAGACUUGUUGGAACUGUUCCUGAGGUGCAGAACCUGAAUCCAGAGCCUUCAGUUCAAGCAAACAAAAAGCAUCAAGGAAAUUUGAUGGAUCCCUUUUUUUGUAUAUAGCUUAUGCGGUAGUGAAAUGUGUAUACAACAAGUCCGCCAGGCUGGUCCAAGUAGGAUCGAUUCCAAAGAACCAAAACCAACAACUGUGAUGUGCCGUUUGCUCUUCAGUCUUCACUAGUUGGAGGAAAGUUCUUCGCUGCA